AUGGUCAAUUUCAACACAAAAGAUUUGAAGGUGGCAAUCUACAACCACCAUGACGACAAUCCAUCCGCACUGCCAGAUGACAGCGUCAACAAGUUGAUGGGAGCACUGGAGUGGGCUUUCGAGCACAGCAGAAGCCACAAGAUCGUCUUUUCUUUCGGAUACCACUACCUCACAUCUGAUGCUGUGGCCAAGAUCAACUCUGUCGUCCGCAAGCAUGAUGGCAAGAUUAAGACGUUCAAGCCAGCCAUGAUCUUCACGAAAGCCGACAAGACAAACACCGUCAGCGUGUUCUACAUCUCUGGACUGGCCCAUAUUUUUGGCACUGAUUACGAAGGGGCAUCCAAGGAACAUGUCGAUUUGCUUGCCAAUGAUGAAGAGAAACGAAUCGACAGCAAGCCACCGAAAAAGCCGACCGCCAAGCCAACCAUCAAGCCAACCACCAAAGCGACCAGAAAGAAUGCUCGUCACUACAAAAAGUAUGACGACAGUGAUAGCAGCAGUGUCGAAGAUGUCUCUGACCAAGGAUUGACGCAGGAGUUGUACCGCACUAGUCGUCGCUAA